AUGGCACAAAGCCCUGUGGUGGUGGAGAUCAUCUCAAGCGAGACUGUGAAGCCUUCGUCCCCAACUCCCCAACACCUCCGAACGCACAAACUCUCGUACCUCGACCAAUUAUCCACCUCAAUGUACUUCUCCCUCAUCUUCUUCUAUAACCCUAACCACAACCAAACAAUCCCAAACGAAGAUGACCACCUCCACCGAACCUCCCGACGCCUGAGCCAAUCUCUCUCCCACGCCCUCACUUCUUUCUUCCCCUUCGCCGGCCGCCUCCUCAAAGACUCCUCCACCGUCGACUGCAACGAUGCCGGCGCCGAGCUCUCAGUCGCUCGGGUCACCGGCCUCUGCCUCGACGAAGCUGCGCGGGACCCUCACGACUUGGCCAAAUACCUUCCCGCGUGCCCCACGGACAGCUCGUCUUCCCCACUUCUCCUUGUGCAGCUCAAUUUCUUCUCGUGCGGGGGCUUAGCCAUCGCCGUCCGCUUCUCGCACAUCGCCGAUUGCGCGUCCGUGACCGCGCUCCUCCAAACGUGGGCGGCCGGUGGUCGACCGGCGGUCGAUUUCGACCUGUCGGGCUAUUUCCCGGCCCGAGAGGAGCUCCGGUCGGCAGAAGUCCCCCGCCCCUUGACAGACGAGGGACACCAGACCAAGCUUUUCGAAUUCGACGGGGCAAAGUUGUCGGCCCUCAGACGGAGGGCGGCAGGGGGCCACACGCGUGUGGAGCUCGUGUCGGCUUUCAUCUGGGAGAGCUUCAUCAAGGCAUGUAACGGUGGGAAGAAGGUUGCGGCGACCCACACAUUGAACUUGAGGCCGAGGAAGAAAGCUCUAGAGAAUGUAUUCGGCAACUGUUUAAUGAUGUCAUUCACGUACUGUGAAAAGGGUCAGGAGUUUCUCGAGCUGGCGGGAAAACUGAGGGAGGCGAUACGGAAGGUGGACGAGGGCUACAUCACGGGAUCGGAAAAGGAUGGGAACAUGUACUUGGGGGACGUUGGCGGGUUUUUGACCAAGUAUAUCACGAGAGAAAUCCCGGUUUUUAUGUUCACUAGCUGGUGCAGAUUCCCAGUUUACGAGGUGGAUUUCGGGUGGGGAAGUCCCGUUCGUGUCUGCACAGCGGACUUUCCGUUGAAGAAUGUUGCCGUUUUGAUAGACAUGAACGGGUUAGAGGACGGCCGUGGUAAGGGAAUCGAAGCUUGGGUUAACAUGACAGAGGACGGCAUACAAAUACUCGAAAAGAAUUUCGAAUUGAUUUCUGAUGAUUUCGAGCUUUCAUCCUGA